AUGACUACAAUCCGCCCUUUCGACGUUAUGGAUAUGCUAAAAUUCAACAACGUUAAUUUGGACAGCAUGACGGAAACGUAUGGAUUUAAUUUCUAUCUUUACUACCUUGUCAACUGGCCCGAAUACUAUCAAGUAGCGGAGCACCCCAACGGACAAAUUAUGGGAUACAUAAUGGGAAAAGCUGAAGGAAGGGACGAAAAUUGGCAUGGCCAUGUGACAGCUCUUUCGGUCGCGCCGGAUUAUCGCCGUCUAGGACUUGGUGCCCGAAUGAUGCACACAUUGGAACACAUAUCAGACAUGAAGAAAGCUUACUUCGUUGAUUUGUUCGUCCGAGUUUCAAAUCACGUCGCCAUAUCGAUGUACAAGGCGUUAGGAUACGUGGUAUACAGAGAAAUCAUAGAUUACUAUUCUGGACCGCAUGAUGAGAAUGCUUAUGACAUGCGCAAAGCGAUGUCUAUGGACAAAGAGAAGAAAAGUAUGGUGCCAUUACCUCACCCAGUGCAUUCGAACGACAUAUGA